AUGAGCAACCAAGCUUUGGACGCAAUCGUCAUCGGGGCCGGCUGGUCUGGCGCCAUUGCCGCCCGGGAGCUUGCCAACAAGGGCCGCAAGGUGUUGGUGCUGGAGGCCAGAGAUAGAAUCGGAGGACGCGCGAACACCUGGGUGAAGGGAGACGCAAAGAUUGAUGUAGGAUGCAGCUGGAUCCACGGCUACAAAGAAGGGAACCCCGUGAGAUACAUUGCCCAAGAUUUUGGCGUUGCCGCUCACCUACCCAAGGCUGCUGAGGGUGUAGUUUACGGCCCAAAUGGUCGUCUCUCGACUUCCAACGCCGAUAACCUGCGCGCAUCCCUUGGUGCUGCUCAGGCAUCACUAAAGCUUCCUCACCCAACCCCUGCGCCAUCUACUUCGCUCGCCUCCGCCCUUUUGGCCGAAAACUCGGCUCUCUUCACAGCUUUCACAUCCCCGGACCCUUCCUCAGACGUCAACCAAAACAGCCCUGCUGACCCGACGCAAGGAGCCACGCAGCCCACAACUGGUUCGUCUCAAAAGGAGCUGGCAGCUGCCCUUGCCCGCUCCCUCGAGAUUCCUCUGGGACUCAAGCUCGAAAAAGCCUCUUUGAAAUGGGCUGGAUGGGAAACCACCACCGCAUUCGGCGGCUCUGACGCCGCACCCCAGGGAGGCUAUGAGUCCCUGGUCAACAAGGUCCUUGAUGAUGCCAAAGCCAAUGGUACUGAAGUGAAGUUGGGCACAAAGAUCACUGGGUUUUCCCAGGGCGAGGAAGGAGUCGUUGUCACUGACGCUAAAGGCAACAAGUUCACGGCCAAGGCGGCCAUUUCCACCAUUCCGCUCGGUACUCUGAAGGCUCUGCCUGAAAGCACCUUCAAUCCUGCAUUGCCACCGCGCCUACAGGAGGUUAUCAAAGGUACCCACGUAGGUGUCCUGGAGAAGCUUCUGCUUCAGUACCAGACAGCCUGGUGGCCCGAGGCUGACAAGGCGGGAUCCUACACUUUCCUGCCUACGUCUACGAAGCCCGUGACUGACAGCUCUUCUCCUGCCGAAAUCUUCGAGGCAUCGACUCUGGUCUGCGCCAACUUCGCUGGCCCGUCACUUCCCGGCUCCGGCCCGACUCUGCUCACAUACCUUUCCGAAACGCCUGCUACCGCUUUGCUUCGCUUCGACCAAAAGGAGGUUGCGGCUGCCUACCACAAGUUUCUCGUCUCCCGCUUCAAGCCAUCAUCUCAACCCGCGGAGCCAAUCGAGACCAACUUGACCAAUUGGUUGACUGACGAAUUCUCGCGCGGUGCCACGACUACCCCGUCAAUCAUCUCAGAGAACGGCGAACGAAGCCCGCUGGACUUCAAGGAGCUCAGCAGACCCGUGUGGGAUGGAAGACUCGGAUUCGCUGGUGAGCACACUGAGAUGGAAAACCGUGGAAGCGUUGCCGGUGCUGUCGUCAGCGGCUAUCGUGAGGCCGAGCGUGUCGGUAGACUGUUGAGAUUGCUAGAAGAGAACGCGAAGUUGUAA